AUGAUCAACAUUGAGCCAUACUCCAAGACUCACUCUCGCUCUCCUUCCCCCUCUCCGGCACCAACAGGAGCAACUGAUACAACAACAGCUACCUCAACAGAACAAGCAAACAAUACCAGCACAUCAUCCUCACUCACCCCACAGGCGACAAAGACAACAGCAACAAUAGCCGGUAACCCCGAUGAUACCGCCUCUGUUACCGACUCUUUCUCCACCCUCACCGUCACUAGUCGCUCCUCCACCACAAACACAACCACCAGCAUUGAAACUGCAGCUACAACAAUUGUCGCGGAUGAGGAGCCCAAGGAAGAUCUAAGCCCCGAGGAAGCAAAGUUGCGGGCCCAGGGGUUGAAGAGUACCCACCGCCCUGGGUUCUAUAUCCACAUCAACUCACCCAAACGCCUUCGUAUCCAGACCUCGUCCAAGACCUUUGACCUUGACCGGUACUGUCCCCACGCCAAUGCCGACAUGUUGAAAUGGGGUGUCCUGAGAGACAACAACACUCUUCGAUGUGGAGUCCAUUACUGGGGCUUCGACCUCGCCAAGAAUGGACAGUGUAUCGCUCACCCAGACGAAACCCUCAACGCAUGCCCCGUUGAUUCUGGGCUCGACUGGUAA